GGAGUGCACGCCUCUGACUUCUCUUGACCCCGCCCUCUCCGUCCAGCUGACCAAUAGCAGCAGCGUAUACUGAGUCGCUGCGUUUGCCGCUAAAAUUAAACCCGCUGUAGUUUGUGUCCGGACCAGCUGCCUGUGUGUGUGUGUGUGCGUGUGGAGAAGAGUCAAGACAGAAUUUCAGAAUCCCUGUGGCAGGAUUAGCAGCUGAAAAUGGGAAUCUCUGGACUGCUCCAGUUCAUCAAAGAUGCAGCAGAGCCCGUCAAUGUGAAAAAAUACAAAGGCCAGACAGUGGCUGUGGACACAUACUGUUGGCUGCAUAAAGGAGCAUUUUCAUGUGCUGAGAAGCUUGCUAAAGGAGAGCCGACUGAUCAGUAUGUGUGGUAUUGCAUGAAAUUUGUGGACAUGCUGCUGAACUUCAGAGUCAAACCAAUUCUGGUGUUUGAUGGACGCAACCUACCUUCAAAACAAGAGGUGGAAAAGGCUCGCAGAGAGCGCAGAGAAGCCAACCUUCAGAAAGGCAGAGAGCUGCUACGUGAAGGAAAAGUGUCUGAGGCCAGAGACUGUUUUACCCGCUGUGUUAACAUCACUCCGUCCAUGGCUCACAACCUUAUUAAGGCUGCGAGGAUAAGAGGGGUCGACUGCAUUGUGGCUCCAUAUGAAGCUGAUGCUCAGUUGGCUUACCUCACUAAAUCUGGUUUGGCCCAGGCUGUCAUCACAGAAGACUCUGACCUGCUGGCAUUCGGCUGCAAAAAGGUGAUCCUCAAAAUGGAUAAGCAGGGUAAUGGUCUAGAGAUAGACCAAAGUAACCUGGGCCGCUGUCGCUCUCUGGGGAGCGUUUUCACAGAGGAGAAAUUUCGGCACAUGUGCAUUCUCUCUGGUUGCGAUUAUCUCCCCUCCCUGCAUGGCAUCGGACUGGGCAAGGCCUGCAAGCUGCUGCGUCUGGCCAAGGACCCUGAUAUCCUGAAGGUGAUCAGGAAGAUGGGCCAGUACCUGAAGAUGAAUCUCGUCGUCCCUGAACAGUACAUUGAGGGAUUCACCAAAGCUAAUAACACCUUCCUCUAUCAGCUGGUGUUUGAUCCUGUCAGGAGGAGGGUUGUACCACUCAACUCGUACCCAGAGCACAUUGACCAGGCCACCCUCAGCUAUGCUGGACUUAAUGUAGGAGAUGAUAAAGGCUUGCAGAUGGCCUUGGGAAACCUCGACAUUAACACCAUGAAGAGGAUAGAUGACUUUAGUCCAGACAAACCUCUUCCACAGCCCUCUAAACCCCGCAGUCACAGCUGGAACGAAUCAGCAGCACCCACUGGGCCUAGUAUUUGGAGCAGAGACUUCAAGCCAUCAUCUGCUGCCCCACCCCAAUCUGCUGCCUCCCAAGACAGGCCUCCCUCCACUAGGGGGAAGGAGAGAGUCAUCAGCCUGGACGGUCUGAGGCUGCCCUGCAGAGAGCUUCAGGUUAAGAGAUCACGUGAAGACUCUAGUAUAUCAGACCAGGACGUGCUGGAGCAGUAUUCGGCCUCCACUCAGAAGCGAUCCAGGUCGGAUCAGCAGAAAGCCAAACCAACAUUAACGAGGGAGCCCUGCCUACGCAACCGCUUCGCCACCCUGUUGCAGAGGAGGAAUCAGGAGACUGAGGAGGACGGCCAGACCACCUGCAGCAGAUUCUUCAGCAGUUCCAGUUCACCAGCCAGUCUGAGCACUAAGUCUGCUCAGCAUGUGGAGCCCAGAGCUGUGAGUCCCACUCAAAACAACUCUCCAAACACCCAGACCAGUGGCAGUGAUAGUCCUGAUGCUGCAUCUGUGGAUACCCCUAGCCCACCUCCAUCACCAAGCAGCACAUCUCCCAGUUCAGCCUGUCAGGGCCUCAAGCUGUUCCACUGGUCAGGCAGCUCCGCCUUGGCUGAACGAUCAAGAAAACCUGAGAACACGUCAGGUCUUGCUGCCUUGCAGCUGUUUAAGUACAAGAAAGAGACUUCUUCCUCUUCCUCAAAGACCCACAGAUCCCCAGAAAACACUUCACCUCUGUGUAAACCCUUCACUGACGGAAACACGGACUACACGGCCGACCUCCCAGACUCCCCUCCAUCCCAAGACAGUGCCUACUUCUCCCAGUCCCAGCCUUCUCUCACUUCCUGCCACAAAGAGGAAGUGCCUGCCUACAGCUUCCCUCCUUCCUACCACGAGGAUGCUGCGUCUGAAAUGAAUUUAAGCAAAGAUUCAGAACCUGACCAGACUUCUAAAAAUUCAACAGGAGCCGAUAAGCAACACCGCACACUGAGAUCAAAGGUUUCAGGUCUGUCGAAGCCAAAGUCCAGCAGCCAGGGUCAAGCAACAAAGGUGCGAACGUUGGGUCCAGCCAGGGCAAGCGGACUGAGUAAAAAGUCUGCGGGUUCUGGGAGUAAAACCUCCUCACACAACAAUGAGAACAGUCCUGGUGUCCAGGCCACCAUCAGCAGCCUCUGGAAGAACUUCAGCUUCAAAAAAGAUGCCCAGAAGAUGACUCCCUGUAAGAAUGGAGAGCCCAUGUCCCCAGUCAAAGACAACCUGCUGGCCAGCUCAUCUCAGACAGAUAUGAACUUAAUCACCAGCUUCUGAUGGAUGCUUUGAAUAUUUCAUGCAGUGCUGUGCACACUGUGUCGGAGUGAAGCUUUUGAACAUACCAUGUAUGUUCAUGAUUUCUUCUGUAUUUCUUAAUGUAUAGUUUUAAUAAAGCAACUGUUCUGAUCUUCUGUUCUAA